AUGUCUGAAUCUAAGCUCCAGCCUGCGCUGCCAGUGAAUGUCCGUCCUGCGACGCCAGAAGACAUCCCGACUAUCCUAGGCUUUAUCAAAGAGCUUGCCAUCUACGAAAAAGAGUCCGAUGCGGCCAAGGCGACAACUGAGCUGAUCAAGCUGAAUGUCUUUGAGAAGGAAUAUGCCCACGUCAUCAUCGCGGAGGACCCUGCUAAGAACAACGAACCAGUGGGGAUGGCACUCUACUUCUUCACAUUCUCAACAUGGACUGGCAAGCCGUCUCUGUACCUUGAAGAUCUCUUCGUGACCGAGUCAGUUCGCAACCGCGGUGCCGGCAAAGCUCUCUUCCGACAGCUUGGCAAAAUCGCCGAGGAGAAAGACUGCCAGCGGAUGGACUGGAGUGUGCUCACAUGGAACGCCCCUAGCAUUGCCUUUUACGAGAAGGUCUUGGGGGCGACCAGAAUGGAGGAAUGGAGACAGAUGCGCUUGGAGACAGAGGGAAUCAAACGAUUGCAGACACUUGGUCUAUAAUGUCCAUUUCUGAGCAACGUCAAUGUGAAGUAAUCUUGCCUAAAACACGGUGCCGUC